GCCCAUUUACUGCUUAUCUAGCUAAGCUUAAGAACGGCAGGCCACGACGACAACAACAGGACGAUGUGGCUGCUGGACGUGCUCGUCACUUUGACAGUCGUCCUCGUCGCCGUCUUGUGCUUCGCUCCACCGCUCUGGCCAGCGUCGGACACGGGGAUAGCAGCGGCGGCGCGCGCAUACAUCCUGCCCUCGCUCAUUCACCACGCCCGCAUUCUCCCACGCGAUGCUGCGCACGCCUUUCGCUAUCCGACACUCCACCUCGCCGUCCGCCUUGAUGAGCUUGAGAGCGGGGUGCUCGACUGUUCGCUGUCGAGAUGGACUCCUUUCCUCGCCGUCUUUGCGUGGAAAGGCCCAGGGUCAGACGGGAGAAGAGCAAUGACGGCGAUGCACCCAGACGGAUACGGCCGGCGAGCGUUUCCCGAGGUCGACGAUGUGCAGCAGCAGGCGCGUAUCGGAGGCUCCAUCUACCGCAAGCUCAUCUAUGAGCUGCAGACACGCGGCUUUCUCUCCUCUGCUUCCUUGCAGAGCCCAGGAGAAGAAGAAGAGAAGGUCGGGCACGUCUGGGCCGUGACGAUGCCGUCCCUGCUCGGCAUGGGCGGCUUCAACCCCUUGACAGUCUACUACGUCCACCGUCCCCACGUCAGCGACGCACAGCUGCGCGGUCCGCUCUGGCUUGCCGUGCUCGAGGUGCACAACACCUUUUCCGAGCGGCACAUCUACGUCUGCGAGGUGGGCCAGCAUGAGGACGAAGAGGGAAGAAAGGGAUACGACUACGCCUGGACAUUCCCACGGGCCUUUCAUGUCAGCCCCUUUAACGAUCGUGCGGGCUACUAUCGACUGCUGCUGCGGAAUCUCUGGGCGAGCGCUGAGUCCACGGUACCGACGCUCGAUGUCAAGCUGUUGCUGCUCGUCGAAGAUGAGGAGGAAGAAGAGGCGGCCGUCACCGACGGCGACGACACCCCGCUCAGCAGCUCUUCCUAUGACCUUGUCGAGGAUGAGGUCACAGUGAAGACGACGACAACGGCAAUAAAGAAGGUGAAGAAGCUGCAAAAGAAGCUCAUGGCCUCGCUCGCCAGUGCAGCGACGGACGCAGGAGACGGCUCUGGCGCACAUACUUCGACGCUGCGGCCUACCAGACGGCCUGUACCCCUGACGAGCGCCAACAUGCUCCUUGCGCUGGCGUACCAGCCAUUUGACCUCGUGCUGCCCACGAUGCGCAUCAUGGUCGAGGCGGCCAAGCUGCACUGGCGCAAGAGGCUGCCUGUCUAUAUGCGUCCAGAGCCAGAAGACGGCGGCGCCCUGCGAAGAACAGGUGGCUCAGACUCAGGCAUCGGCUGGCCUCUGGACAGCAACCCUAUCGAGGUCGAUCGACGUCCAGCUGCCGAGGACAAAAUAGAGGAGGAGAGUGCAGCAACGAGGCCGCGCCGGUCCGGCACCACGCUCUGGGCUGAGCAAGGCUGGAUGGAGGCCGCAGCCCGCAGCCGGAUCCUCGACUACGCCAAGUGGAAAACGGCGCAGUCGGGCUUCGUCCUGCGCAUCCUCACAAAAGACCCCGAGACGCCCAAUACCGUCGUGGAAGACGGCGAGGUGUCAACUCUUCCUGCAGGCAUUGCCUCUCUUCCUCUUGAAGACGAGAAAAAGAGGGAUGGGAAGCGAGUGCUGACGAUCUAUUCAAUCUCGCCGGCCUUCUUUACGGAUCUGGGCCUAUACAGGAGCGCCGACCUGGCCUUUCUCUUUGGCGCGAGGGCAGCAAGGAGGUGGGGCGUGAGCGACGCAGACGACUACCGUGCCUUCUUCUCGAGCGGCUUCUCUCCCGCUACGGAUGGGCAGAAGGCGACACUGGCGAACCGGCUCACGGCGUGGAUCCGCGAGAUCCACCUUCGAUGGUGUCUUUGGCUCUCUGGAAACACGGGCGAGGUGCUGCGGCGGUCUUUGGAUGAGCAGCAGGGAGUUAUCGACGAUGUCGUGCCACCGACGUGGGCAUUCGUGGCUGCCCUGCUCGUGGCGCAUUUCAGCCUCCGCGCGCUCGUCACCUUUUCGAACCUGCUCCAUGUCCGCUACGUCCGGCAGCCCUGGGCCGAGGUCCAGGAAGGCCUCAACAUCUUGCGUGACGACGACAUGAAGCAGAAGAGGUAGCGCAUCGUAUUUUAGAUUGCUAAAUUGUACUGUACAUACCCACCCUCGCUUCUGGAAUGAGCAGGAUCUCGCACUUGG